AUGACGGGUGAAUAUACUUGUGGUCGCUGCCUUCAGGCACUCCGCCGAGGAGUCGCCGCAGUCCAGGGCUCUCCAAUUCGGCUGCAGAGCCUUGCCAAUUCGAAUCGGAGAUACACCACUUCUUUCGCCCGAAGAUCUGGCUCGCGGAGCAACAACAAUCGCAUUCUGUCGAAUAGCACCCGAGAGCAGAUCAAACGAGUAUCAUCGCAAUCACCCGUUGCCUCCCAGAUAACACCUCAUAAUGCGAAGUCCAUUUCUUCCGAGUCCCGCACUCUUCUGAAGCCAAACAACCUCUUCCAUGACUUCUCGAAAUCGCCCUCUCCGGCAAUUCGUCAGCGUGCAGCAUUUAUAAAGCAAAACGCGUUUUGUCCCCACCCAAGCCACCAACAAACUCGUGCUCCUGUCUCUCCCCACGACCCGGAAUCGCGAAAGGGUCAGCAUGGCUCGAGUCUUCCGCCAGCUCAUUCGCACUUUGAAUGCCCCGACUGUGGUGUUCCCAUCUACUGCUCAGAGGGACAUUGGAUGGAUGACUUCGAGGCCCAUCUGGAGAUUUGUGAAACUAUCCGACAAAUCAAUGAAGAUGACCACGAUUUGCACUCCGGGCGGUUUUUCCCUGAGUUCUCCUACCCGGGUGUGCAAGAUGAGAACUUUGUCAUCAACAUGACCAACUGGGAUACUUUCCUGUACACGCGAGAAUUCGACGCAAUCAAUGAUGAUCGAAGCAUGCGACAAGUGACUAGGAUGCUGACAUACCCUCUUACCAUCGGAAGUGUAUUGCACGACCUGAGCCCAUACAGCGUCCGGAAGGACAGCAGGCUCACAGCUGAGGGUCUCAAAAGUGUCAGCGCUCUCCGCUACAGUUUGCACCCCCCUAAGACAGGAGAAGGGGUCGAUAUCCAAGGACUGCGACUGAAGGCUCCCCCAGUUCGACUAUUCAUUCUCGGGGCGCGUGCUGAAUCCUCUUUGCCUCGAGAUGUCUGGCUACAGCUCAGCCACAUCUUCCCACGCUCUCUCAUUCAUCUAAUUUUCAUUGGACCGGAGAGUAUGGCCAACCGGGAUGAAGAGUUUCCACUUCCCAAGCGGACUCCGGAAAAUCCAUUCGGAGGAAUUGUCGAAGAUCGUCUUGGUGGUCAACUGAAGAUCACGACGUACGUCGAUUACUUCCACACGAUGUACAAGGCGCAGUACUUCCAGCCAUUCGACCCCUACCUGGACUGCAUUGUGCUCUUCCACCCUGGACUUGGGCACCCAGCCAGCUCCCACGAAUGGGAGGAAACGCUACCACAGCUUCUCGAGACCAAAGUUCCUAUCAUCAGCACGGGCUACACGCAGUGGGAUAUGGAAAGAGAUAUCAACUGGGUUCACGAGAAAUGCGGUGGAGAAUUCGAUGUUCUGUUGGAACCUGGCGAGAAUAUCUUCCGUAGUCUGCGCUGGGAUCUCAACGAUCUAGAUCCACAUGAUGUUUCAUGCGGAAACUGGGGUUUGUGGGCGUUCAGAGGAAAGAGGUAUGUGAUCAGCAAUACUCGGAAUACUUAG